CAGGGGGAUCUCCGGGCUCAGCUCUGCCGUUCUCCCCGCCGCUCUCCCCGGGGCCAUGCCGCAUCGCCGCGCCGAGCGGCCGAGCCGUGGGGUUGCACCGCCGCCCUGUCCCGCGGCAGCGGCGUGAAGCGGCGGGAGGAUGAAGCAGGCGAGGCGGGCCGCGCCGGGGCCCCUUCCCGUGCUGGGGCUGCUGCUGCUCGGCGCCCUGCCGGGCCUCUGGACCCUGCUGCUGCGGUGGGAGACGGUGCCGGAGCCAGAGCCGCGCCCGCCCGCCGGUCCCCGCCCUGGUCGGUGGGGCUCGGGGCGUUCCCCGGCAGCGCGGGACGGGCCCGGUGGCCGUGGGCAGAAAACUUUUCGUGCAGUGUUGUCCCUGCCACGAGCGGCAGCGAGCCGGGGGGAGCGGGGCGGCGAAGGGCGGUUCUCCACGGCCGGCUCCCUGCCCGCGGCCGCCGCUGCCUCUCCGGUGGAGCGGGGGAUAUUCUGGAGCCGUGAUCUGGAGGAGCAGGUGCCGCCGGGAUUCCCGGCGGAGGAGGCGGCUGCGUGGCUCUCGGCCGCCCGCGCCGCCCGCGUGGCCUCGCUGGAGCGGGGCGGGUGCGGGCGCAGCUCGAACCGUUUGGCCCGGCUGUCGGACGGGAGCCGCGCCUGCGUCCGCUACGGCAUCAAUCCGGAGCAGAUCCAGGGUGAGGCGCUCUCCUACCACCUGGCCGGGGUGCUGGGCAUGCAGGAGCGGCUGCCGCCCAUGGCCCUCGCCCUGGUGGAGGCCCGAGGGCGGCAGUGGGAGCCGGUGCGGGAGGAGCUGCACGGCUCGCACUGGACCGAGGGCGCCGUGGUCAGCCUGACCCGCUGGGUGGACAAUCUCACCGCCGUGGUGGCCCCCGCGCCCUGGGGCGCCGAGGCGGGCGCUGGCCGGCGUCUGCAGCCGCUGUCGGCGGUGGAGCUGGGCAGCCUGUCGCCGUCUCAGCUGGUGGAGCUGGUGCAGUGGAGCGACCUGAUCCUCUUCGAUUACCUGACGGCCAACUUCGACCGCCUGGUCAGCAACCUCUUCAGCCUGCAAUGGGACCCGCGGGUGAUGCGCCGCGCCACCAGCAACCUGCUCCGCGCCCCAGACGGUGGCCUCGUCUUCAUAGAUAACGAAGCGGGGCUGGUGCACGGCUACCGCCUCCUCGCCACUUGGGACCCCUACAACGAGCCGCUGCUCCGCUCCGUCUGCGUCUUCCGCGAAGGCACCGCGCGUCGGGUCGCGGAGCUGCACCGCCGCCGCAGUGCCGCCGCCGAGUUGCGCCGCCGGUACCGGGCGCGGGAGCCUCUUUGGGCCCGGCUCGGGUUCCUCUCGGAGCGGCAGGCAGAGCUGCUGCAGGCCCGCGUUGAUUUCGUGCACCGCCACAUUGACCACUGCCGCGCUCAAGCCGCGGUGAUCUGACGGCCCCGGGCCGGGCGGAGCGUGGCGGCAAGAACCGGCGGCCUGCAGCGCUCCUUUCCCUUCCCUCCUUCCCUCCUUCUUUCCAAAGGAGCGGGACUGACUUGCCUCGGCACCCGCUUAAAGCUGAGGCGGACCCUGACCAGUACCUCGGUACCCUGUAAUUGGUACCACCGGGGAUUGGGGGCAGCGAGGGUGCGGACAGGGGUGUCGGACGCUCGGAUGCGGAUCGGGACCGGCUACCUGCCCGCCGAGGCUGUGGAGGGGAGCCAAGAGCCAUUCAUUCGCCUUUGUUAAGAUCUCUGAGGAUGCAGAGCGCGAUCGGAAUAAUUAUGGCCGCGUUCCACUCCGGGGCUGUUGUGCCCAGGGCUUGAAAGAAUGAGAAGAUUCAGCAUCUGGACUUCUUUCCUUAUCUCCCUUGGUGCACUCGCCGUUGUAGGGGUCGACUACCUUUUCCUUCCCAAAGGGGCAGAUGAAAACUUUUUUUAUAUAUUUUUUUUCUUUUGUAACACACUAUUUAAGUAUGAAUCUUGAUACUUACAAACUAAGAACAGAUUGCACAGUAGAGGAGCUCCUAACUAGCAAAACUGCCCUAUUUAUGAAACUUGUUUCUUACCGAUCUUCUUUAGUGAGACUGAACCUUUCUGCUGAUUGUUAAAUUUUUGUAGACGAGAAGUGGAUAAGAAGCCCAUCUUCCAUUUCCUCUUAAUCUUUGUUGUGGAUGCAUCUGGUUAAACUGUUUCCAUUCCUAAGCUUUUGUUUGUAAUCAUUGCCAUCAUAGUUUCAUUGGACCUGUAGAGUAACUGACUAAUGGGUGACACAAGAGGAUGCCCCAGGUUUUUAAAACAUUGCCAUGUAUGUGUUAAGCCUUUGAGACAAUAGUUAAAGUGGAGGAAAAACUGUUUCAUGCACUUUACCUUGACUUCUUAAUUUUUUAUAAAAGACCUUUUUAUUUUACAAAUUCUGCCUUUUAUGUACAUUCUGUAUGUUCACAAGCUUUUCUGUAACAUACUAAAGAAAUGAUAUUUCAGUAAAGUGUGUUCAUGUUUUGC